AGCCGGAAAAGGAAAACCAGAGCGUCCAGUGGGAGGAGGAGAGAGGCGGUUGGGGCUGGGCUUUCGGGGGGCUUCUGCGCCAUGUCAUAUGCCUACCUUUUCAAAUACGUUAUCAUCGGGGACACCGGUGUCGGGAAAUCAUGCCUCUUGCUACAAUUCACAGACAAACGGUUUACGGCUAUUCACGAUUUGACAAUUGGUGUGGAGUUCGGGGCACGGAUGAUUACCAUUGAAAACAAAAAGAUCAAACUGCAGAUUUGGGAUACGGCUGGCCAGGAAUCCUUCCGCUCUAUUACCCGCUCCUACUACAGGGGAGCAGCUGGGGCGCUCUUGGUCUAUGACAUCACCAGGCGGGAAACGUUUAACCAUUUGUAUUCCUGGCUAGAGGAUGCUCAGCAGCAUUCCAGUGCCCACAUGGUGAUCAUGCUGAUUGGCAAUAAAAGCGACCUGGAGAACCGGCGGGCUGUACAGAAGGAAGAAGGGGAGGCUUUUGCCCGGGAACAUGGCAUGGUUUUCAUGGAGACAUCAGCAAAGACAGCAGCUAACGUGGAAGAGGCCUUUCUCAACACAGCUAAAGCCAUCUACAGAAAGAUCCAGCAGGGUGAAUUUGACAUUUCCAAUGAGGGAAAUGGGAUCAGGAUUGGCCCUCAACAACCAUCAGUUAUUCAGGGUGGAUCAUCCCUCCGCCAGGGUCCACAAGGCUCUGGGGACCGAUCAGGCUGUUGCUGAAUUUCCUUGAAAUCCAGUCUGGCCCAUUGAGGCUGGGAACAAACAGAGGAUGCUUUUUUUUUUCUUACUCAUUUCAGGCAUUGUUGGGACGGGGGGCAGGGGAUAGGGCAGAGGCAGGGAUUUUUCAGCUGUUUUCCUUUUCCCUUUUUAUAUGGAGAAUUUGGGGCCAACCUGGAUCUAAUCUUUGGCUGGGAGCUGUAGCAUCCCUUUCCAAAGCCUCCCCAUCAUGGCUGUCUGGCAUUCCUUAUAGAGGAAAGGGUAUUUCCCUCCUCCAGUCUGACUUUAGAUCAGCAGUGAUUUUCUCCCCCCUGUUGAAGAUUUCCAUUCCCUACUAUGAGCUCGUUGAGUUCUGGGGAUCAGCCAGGCCCCUGUACCUGAUUUUAAUUUUAAGCUGUGAUGUACGGUUUCUCCUCUUCCUAUUAAAAGUUUCCAUGUUUGCUUUUAUCUGGCCUUCCUUUCUAGUGGGAGCGGGAAGCAAAAGCAAAAUCCUUGUAAAAGGACUUUUUGGUUUCAUAUUCUGCCACGGCAGAGUUUUAACACAAGCUCCCAAUAAUGGAGGAAAGAGCAUACCUGGCUUAAAUCAUGUUUUUAAAGGCAAGGUUGGUAUUUGUGACAAUUGUAACCAACAUUUAAGGUUGCCUUCAAUCAAUCCAUACAGUUAACCGUUCUUCAAGGUCUUCAGCAUGGCUUUUUGAAGUAUCAGCUAUCUGACUUGUUUUUCACUGGAGAUGCCAAAGGAACAGAACCAGAUAUAGAUGCAUUGAUACUGAGCUAUGAUGGAACAGAUCUGGGGUUUGGUUUUUGUUGUUUUGGUUAUUUCAAAAGUAAAAUGUGCUUGAAC